AGGUAUUUGUAAUAGAAGUAGAAGAAGUAGAAUUAGUAGUAGAAGGUGAAGAAGAAGGAAAGCGUGGCAUGCUGCUCCUCAGCUCACGACGGUAUUUGCUUGCUCGCUCCUGCUCUCUUCUUCGCAUCCACGCCAUAGCCAUGGGAGGACACAACAACUCCGACGUAGGCGAGCAGCAGCAGCAAGCGGCGAAGAAGCCCGCAGGCAGCAGCCUCAAUGCUGCGGAGCUCAUUGCGCAGUCAGCCAAUGCGACGCCCGCGCCCUCCACAGCGCGCGCCAAUUUGUCCAGCAUCGUGCCGGGAUGGUUCUCGGAGAUUAGUGCCAUGUGGCCAGGAGAAAAAGCAAGAAAAAGGAAAUGGAAAUGGAAAAGAAAAGAAGGCGAAGAAGAAGAAGAAGAAUAGAAAUGGCCAUGCAUUGUAUUUCCGUGUGCGACGGAGGAAUUCUUGGGAAGCUCAUUCUUUGAAGGUGGAGAAAGUUCUAUUCGAAGGCAAGUCCGACUAUCAAGACGUUGUUGUUUUUGAGUCAGCUACGUAUGGGAGGGUUCUCGUUCUGGACGGUGUAAUUCAGCUCACUCAGCGCGACGAAUGUGCUUACCAAGAAAUGAUUACUCAUCUUCCUCUUUGCUCAAUUCCUAACCCUAAGAAGGUGCUAGUGGUUGGUGGAGGUGAUGGAGGAGUGCUGAGGGAGAUCGCUCGGCACAAGUCUGUUGAUCAAAUUGAUAUUUGUGAGAUUGAUAAGAUGGUUGUUGACGUUGCGAAAGAGUUUUUUCCGGAUGUUGCUGUAGGAUUUGAAGACCCUCGAGUGAACCUUCAUAUCGGGGAUGGAGUGGCAUUCUUGAGAGAAGUUCCAGAGGGAACAUAUGAUGCCAUCAUAGUUGAUUCUUCCGAUCCCGUGGGCCCUGCUCAAGCAUUAUUUGAGAGGCCAUUUUACAGGACUUUGGAUCAAGCAUUGCGACCAGGCGGUGUUAUUUGUACACAAGCAGAGAGUUUAUGGGUGCACAUGCCCAUCAUUAAAAAUAUUGUGUCAGCCUGCCGUCAUACCUUCAAGGGUUCCAUCAACUAUGCUUGGACUAGUGUUCCUACCUAUCCAAGUGGGUUGAUUGGGUUCAUGCUCUGCUCUAAGGCAGGUCCUGCUGUCAAUUUCCUAGAGCCAUGCAACCCUAUUGAUCAAGCGAUUGAUCCCGAGAAAUCUUCUAGGCGUCCUAUGAAGUUCUAUAAUUCAGCGAUGCACGCGGCAGCAUUUUCGCUACCUCAAUUCGCUAAAGUGGAGUUAGAGCAUUUACUGACCCCACCCCCAUCAUCUUAAAUGAAAGGCUGAUGUUUUACGCUUCUCCUGUCCUCAGUUCUCCUUGAUAGGCUAGAAACUCAAACCAAGGUAUGAGGGGCUAGAGGUUAUCACAAAUUAAGCCUGUUAUCUGUAUUUCCCCAUCUACAUUGUGAUGGGAACAUGGUGGCUGUCCAUUUCGAAUCUCCGGUUCUGCAUAACAUAAAGGGACACAAGCCUGUUUGGAGCUUUAUAUUUAUUUAUAGUAACGUCGCAGCUUAAGACGUGCAUUGAUUCAGACAGUUUUGGAAUGACUUGCAUGCUCAUAGCAUGAAUGUUUCAUUUUCGUGUGUCGCCCACACUACUCUCUAGUUUAGUUACUUAAAAUCAGAAAAAUAAAGUGAAAGGUUUUUUGUCA